GUGUUUUAGUGCGUAUUUUGAAUGAAAAAUAAAAAGGAGUCAUUAUGUCUGUGUCUAUAUCAACAAAAGGGAAAAAAUUGAUUGUAGAGAUACCUGAAGUAAUAAUGGAGGAUUCUGUGAGAAGAGAAUUACCCCUCUCACCAAUUCCAGUGGGAGUGGUCUUUAGUGGUACAUCAUCUAUGGAUACCCCUGGUCCUAAGUUACCAUUGCAAAAUGCAAUGGCAGAGAUUGAAGAAGCUACAACUUCGAUGACAACGAUAUCGAGUACAGAAAUUUUCAACCCAAAGGUUGAGAGAACAUUCUCAGAGCCUAUGAAUUCAAUUGCCUUCUCAAGUCCCAGUUCUGCUACAGAGGAGAAUGCGUGCAAACUACAUCGAUCAUAUUCACUACCUAACUUAAAGGAGGGCGGGAGCAUCACACGCAUGGCUAAUGGAAAGGUGCUAUAUCAUGUUAUUCCCUCUGCCACUCAAAUCACAGACAAUACUCUUCCCAUAUCAUUUGCUGCUCCAUCUAUUGGUGGAGAUGUCACAGAAGAAGCGUUGCAAAGGACGGAGGUUCGAAAUUUAUCUGUUAGGCUUUUGCGUGUUCAAAACAAUCAUCAUGGCAAUGCCGCUGUCCGUGCUGAAUUUCAUCCAUUGUGGAUUUGGAAGGAUUUUCCAGUGCUUCUCUUUUGCAGCAUAAUUGGCUACUUUAUUUUGAUGGUGGAGCUUCUGAACAAGAGGGGGCCUCAUUCUGUGGACAAAACAUUUGCAUUUUCUCUCGUGUUGGGGCUCUUCGCACACAUGAUAGCAUAUACAAUGGCCAGAAAAUACACUUGGGUUUAUGCACUAGUUCAGUUCGUGUCGGUGGCUCUGUUUGGACAUGCGCUCUACUUGUUGCUCAACUGUGACGCGUUUGUCGCGAUCACUGUGGCCAUUUUGUUUGGCUUUGCCGUUCCAAUGUGUGGCAUAUUGAUCAUCACUGUGCUUAUGGACCGGAUGGAACCACAAAGUAAUAGCGCGAAUCAGGAGCAACCAUCCCAAGCUCCAGGAACCGGUAAUCUUCUUCCUUCGUCCCAAAAUGAUCUGCAACAAACAGAUCUUGAAAGUGGCAGUUCUGGACUUGUUGGUGGCAAUUAAGACCAAAGGGUUUCUUCUCUAAUUUGUGCAUUUUUCCUAUCAUGUCAAUAUGUCAUAUUGUGUGCAUGUACAUAGUUUAAUGGUUUGAACAUGUGUUAAUACCUCUUGAUAUUGUGAACAUAUCACACUUGGGGUUUUAAUGUUUCCCUUUUGUACUUCCUUUGCUCCAUUUUACAUUCCUAUGUUUUUUUUAUAUGUCCAAAAUUAUAUUGCAUGCUUUCUUUUAUGUAAAAUAUUAAGUGGUAUUAAUUGUACCUAUCAUGUUUAGAUUGGU